AAAAUACUUAACAGUUUCUUCUUGCUCCUUGAACUUCAGCUCUAUAAUCCUUUGCUAGAAAAAAAAAUGGUGAUCACGUUGUUUUCCGGUUGCUCUAGCUUUUCAUGGAAAUGUCAUCGGCAACCACGCCCUCAUUCUUCACCAGAAAAUGGGAUUUCAAAACCCAAAACUGUUACCACUUCAAGAGGAAACGGGUUGGUUGGCAAGGAGAAAGAGGAUUCAUGGGGGAUUUUGAGCAGACGAUCCCUUUUGAUUUCCGGGAUUCCUCUAUCGUCUCUGUCUGUAUUUGGAUUUCCAGGCGAGGGCAUGGCGGUCGUCAAACAAGGUCUUCUAGCAGGAAGGAUACCUGGCUUGUCCGAGCCCGAUGACCAAGGUUGGAGUACAUAUCGGAGACCCGAUGACAAGUCGGGAGGGCAUGGUGUUGGAUGGAGUCCUAUCAUCCCUUAUUCCUUUAAAGUUCCUCAAGGUUGGGAAGAGGUUCCUGUAUCGAUAGCGGAUUUAGGCGGUACCGAGAUCGACUUGAGGUUUGCUAGCUCGAAACAAGGACGUUUGUUCGUCAUUGUUGCUCCUGUUCUGAGAUUCGCUGACAAUCUCGGUGACGAUGCCACGAUUCAAAAGAUCGGACCUCCAGAAAAAGUGAUCAAUGCAUUCAGACCGGAAGUGAUCGGUGAAAACGUAGAAGGCAAGGUACUAAGCAUGAAGACGGCAGAGCAUGAUGGCAGGAUGUAUUACCAGUAUGAAUUGGAGCCACCCCAUGCGCUGAUCACUGCAACUGCAGCCGGUAACCGGUUUUACCUAUUCACUGUAACCGGAAGUGGUCUUCAAUGGAAAAGACAUUACGAGGAUUUAAAGCGGAUAGCCGAGUCUUUUCGUGUGGUCUAGUUUCGGAUCUCCCUGGUUUAUGACUUCAGUAGAUUACUAGCUAUGGAUAUUUUUCCUCUGCAAUUUAAAGGUACAACAAAAAGGAGGAGA